ACUCAGUCUCGUCACAUUGUAUUAAUCUAGCCGGCACUCAGUUGUGGGAAAGGCGAGAGACGAACCAUACCGAUAGUAUUUAUUUCAUUGUAAAAUAUCUAUAUAUAGAAUAAAAAGAGGAAGGGAACCCGGACGGAUUUACAUCACAAUUUAUUUUUGCUUUCUUUAUUUAUAAAUAUAUAUAUUUUAUUUUUUUCUCCCCACUGUGGAAAAUGAUCGCUGCGCAUCUUUUGGCGUAUUUUUUCACGGAAUUAAGUCAUGAUCAGAUACAAAAGGUGGAUAAGUACCUCUAUCACCUUCGCCUGUCCGAGGAGACGCUGCUGGAGAUCUCGAAGCGCUUCCUGAAGGAGAUGGAGAAGGGGCUGGGCAGGGACACCAACGCCACGGCCACGAUCAAGAUGCUGCCCACGUUUGUGCGCUCCACUCCCGACGGCACGGAGAGCGGUGAGUUCCUGGCUCUGGAUCUGGGCGGGACGAACUUCCGCGUGCUGCGGGUCAAGGUGUCGGACAACGGGAAGCAGAAGGUGGAGAUGGAGAAUCAGAUCUACGCCAUCCCGGAGGAUCUGAUGAGGGGCAGCGGCACGCAGCUCUUUGACCACAUCGCCGAGUGCCUGGCUAAUUUCUUGGAGAAACUGAAAAUCAAGGAUAAGAAACUUCCUUUGGGAUUCACCUUCUCCUUCCCCUGCCAGCAAUCCAAGUUGGACGAGAGUAUUCUGAUUAACUGGACGAAGGGGUUCAAGUCCAGCGGCGUGGAGGGGCGGGAUGUGGUCGCUCUGCUCAGGAAAGCCAUCAGUAAGAGAGGGGAUUUCGAUAUUGAUAUCUUGGCUGUGAUCAACGACACCGUUGGCACCAUGAUGACCUGUGGCUACGACGACCACGACUGUGAAAUCGGACUGAUUGUCGGCACCGGCACCAACGCCUGCUACAUGGAGGAGAUGCGCCACAUUGACCUGGUGGACGGGGACGAGGGACGCAUGUGUGUCAACAUGGAGUGGGGCGCCUUCGGGGACGAUGGGGCGCUGGACGACAUCAGGACGGAGUUCGACCGCGAGAUCGACAUGGGCUCCCUGAACCCCGGCAAGCAGCUCUUUGAGAAGAUGAUCAGCGGGAUGUACAUGGGGGAGCUGGUCCGGCUCAUCCUGGUCAAGAUGGCGAAGGAGGGCCAGCUGUUCAGAGGCAGGACCACCCCUGACCUGCUGACCACCGGCCACUUCGAGACCAAGUUCGUCUCGGCCAUCGAGAAGGAGAAGGAGGGUCUGUCGAAGGCAGAGGAGAUCCUGUCCCGGCUGGGUCUGGAGGCUUCGGAGGAGGAUUGCGUAGCGACGCAGCGGAUCUGCCAGAUCGUGUCCGAGCGCGCCGCUAACCUGUGCGCCGCCACGCUGGCCGCGGUGCUGUGGCGGAUCAGAGAGAACAAGGGCGCGGAGCGGCUCCGAAGCACCGUGGGGGUCGACGGAUCGGUCUACAAGAAGCACCCGCAGUUCUCACGGCAGCUGCAGAAGAUGGUGCGGAGGCUGGCUCCGGGCUGCGGGGUGCGUUUCCUGCGCUCGGAGGAUGGCAGUGGGAAGGGCGCCGCCAUGGUGACCGCCGUGGCAUACCGGUUGAGCAGUCAGAAGGAGGAGCGGCGGGCCACGCUGGACGCCUUCCGCCUGAGCAAGGAGCAGCUGGCCGGGGUGAAGCAGCGCAUGAGGGAGGAGAUGGAGAGGGGGCUCAGAAAGGAGACGCACGACGCGGCCACGGUCAAGAUGCUGCCCACGUACGUGCGCUCCACACCCGACGGCACGGAAAAGGGUGAUUUCCUGGCGCUGGAUCUGGGCGGGACGAAUUUCCGCGUGCUGCUGGUGCGCGUGCGGAACGGGAAGAAGAGAACCGUGGAGAUGCACAACAAGAUUUACUCCAUCCCACUGGAGGCCAUGCAGGGGACUGGAGAGGAGCUGUUUGACCACAUUGUCCACUGCAUCGCUGACUUCCUGGAGUACAUGGGGAUGAAGGGCGUGGCUCUGCCCAUGGGAUUCACCUUCUCCUUCCCCUGUCAGCAGAACAGCCUGGACGAGGGUAUCUUGUUGAAGUGGACGAAGGGUUUCAAAGCGACGGGCUGUGAGGGUGAAGACGUGGUCCGUCUGCUCAAAGACGCCAUUCAUCGGAGAGAGGAGUUUGACCUGGACGUGGUCGCUGUGGUGAACGACACAGUUGGGACCAUGAUGACCUGCGGCUAUGAGGAUCCGUGCUGUGAAGUGGGGCUCAUCGUAGGCACCGGCAGUAACACCUGCUACAUGGAGGAGAUGUGCAACGUGGAGCUGGUGGACGGGGACGAGGGACGCAUGUGUGUCAACAUGGAGUGGGGCGCCUUCGGGGACAGCGGCUGCCUGGACGACGUGAGGACUCCCUUCGACUGCGCCGUGGACGAGCUGUCACUCAACCCGGGCAAGCAGAGGUUUGAGAAGAUGAUCAGUGGGAUGUAUCUGGGAGAGAUUGUGCGGAACAUCCUGAUUGACUUCACGAAGAGAGGGCUGCUCUUCAGGGGAAGGAUCUCAGAGAGGCUGAAGACUCGAGGAAUCUUCCAGACCAAGUUCCUGUCCCAGAUAGAGAGUGACCGCCUGGCCCUGAGGCAGGUGCGCUCCAUCCUGCAGCACCUGGGCCUGGAGAGCACGUGUGACGACAGCAUCAUCGUGAAGGAGGUGUGCACGGCCGUGGCGCGCCGUGGCGCGCAGCUCUGCGGGGCCGGGCUGGCCGCCGUGGUGGAUAAGAUCCGGGAGAACCGUGGCCUGGACUCGCUGCGCGUCACCGUGGGCGUGGACGGCACGCUGUACAAGCUACACCCACAUUUCUCUAACGUACUCCACGAGACCGUGAGGGACCUGGCCCCAAAGUGCACAGUCUCAUUCCUCCAAUCGGAAGACGGGAGCGGAAAAGGGGCAGCGCUUAUCACGGCAGUGGCCUGUAGGAUCCGGGAGGCGGGGCAGCACUGAACCUCUGCACCAAUCGGAGAGCAGGAAGACGGGAGAGAGACUGGAAGAGCGAUGCACCCACAGAGAGCACAAUUGUAAAUAUAGCAAUAACAGUUUUCAUGCAACCAAACCUGGACUACCAAGUUUCCGUUUAAAAAAAAAAAAAAAAAAAAAAAAAGAUUGACAUGUUUAUGCACUGAAGGGUUCUGGGAAGGCGCCGUAGAGGAAAUGUUAAGACAGCCCCCUCUGCUGGAACCUCCAGGAAUUACACCUUGAUCAUCCUGCCAGCGAUGAGAGAAAGGAGGCUGAAUUCUAGAAGGGUUGUGUGGAGGGAUUUCUAAAAAUUGACACUAACCCAUGCUAAUGCGUGCAAGGCAGGCUAGAGUGACAAGUUUUGCUGUCGAACCAGACUAUUUUCUCGUGAGUGUUGAGUCACAGGACUGGAUUUGAAGGUGUAGCGAAAACCUGAGAGGUCUCGAACAAUCUGCUCCUUGUCUUCUUAUUUAUUUAUUUAUUUCAUUAUUUAAGUAUUUUCUUAUAUAAGCGAGACUCACCAACCUCUGAAACCACACCCCCACCGCGCGCGCAGUGAAACCGGCCCCUUCCUGGAGCCGUUAACUCCGCGUGUCACGUGGCCCUGUAAAACAAAUCGCGCUCUCAUAUCGCUCUCUCAUUCCUUCAUCCAUUCAGCACCGCGCCCGUUUUCACUCGUAUGAUUUCCUGAGAGCUGACGAUCAUUAAUCAUUAAUCCAGAGGUAGUUGAAAUACUAAUUAGCAGAUAAUUGGACCAUCGCUGGAGUCAAUUCUGAUUUGCAAUUACAAUGACAGCAGAAUUGUUUGCAGUAAUUUCAAUUUCAAUUACAGUGUUAUUUUGGAUAAAGGCGUCUGCUAAAUUACUGUUAUUAAUUAAAUUAUUAUUAGCAGUAUUGAAAAGUGGUUGAAAAUACAAUAACGAUAGAAUGACAAAUGAUAUGCGAUCAGUCGGUUAUAUGGAUUACAAUUACACAAGGUUCAGGUACGUAAUAUGAUGCAGACACAAUUCAGCAGGGUUUUGGCAGGAGGGGGACAAACUGGGGAAGCAUAAUAUUGGCGGACCAACAUGUUGCUUAACAAGACAACUUUAUUAUUAUUAUUAUUAUUUAUUUUUUAUGCACGUUGAAUGAAGCGAUAAUCUAGGGGCCAGUAAAAGGGUAACGAUAGCUCCUUUUAAAGGCAGGAAAAUGUAUUUUGACUACGCCUUUGAAAUGUGGUGACUUAUGGUCUCUGUAGAGACUUGUGUAGAUGAACCUCUCCACUGUAUUUAUUCACCUGCAGAGUCUAGUCCUAGAUGUGCUUAAGACUUGCUACUAUGUGAAACUACUGUAAAACUCUUUAUUGCAAAUUAGAUAGCGUGUUAAAUAUAGUGGUCUAUAUUGAAGCAAAUAUAUAUUAUGCCAAAAUAACCUCACCUUUUAAAUAAGUUGUGCACCUUUUAAAUCUAACUGUACAUAGUGCUGCCAGCUGGCUGUAUUAUAUAACUUAUUAAUUUAGGGGAUGUAGUUUUAUAGAUUGGAAAUACCCCUAUCUCUGUGUUGGACUGCGCCACCUCCCAGUGCAGGUGUUAGCAAGGAAGCUACCAUCGUGCCAAAUGGGGGUACAAUCUUAGUUUUAAAAGGCUUGGGCUAAUUAGAAUGUGGAUUACUUUUCUGGAUGUUUUAAAAAAAAUUAUAAUUUGUCCCUGCGUAAAGCAAGGUAGCUUUUGAAUAACCCUGGUCCUUGCUAAUGUUUGACAGGGUGUCCCAGAAAGACUUUGAAUGUAGUUCGCUCACAAACACUCUGCUGUGCUGUGCUGUAUGGGCAAAGAGACGCAGAGAUGACCGACCAGCAUCAGCUACACCAGGACACGGAUUCAUUAGUUUCCUCCUUGUUUUAAUAUGUUGCAGGAUGUGUAAAACACAGCAUCACUGUGCUGCAUUUUGACUGCAGAGUCUACAAGAUUUUUAAUUCCAGCGGUUUGAUGUUAUACACACAGCAAUUCAAAAGCAAUGGGGUGUUUUAAUAAAUGUACACACCCACUGUUACAAUAUAGAAAACUGGAUGUUGAAAGUGAAAGUACAUUUUAUUUUUUUAUUCAUGUCAAAUAAAAACUCCUCGAACAAGCGGUUUUGCAAAUUCUGCAAUUGGUUUAAACUUGAAAGUGUUCAAGACCGUUGCCUGAAAGUCUUUUAUUGAAAAAGGUUCAAAUGUAAUCUUCCAUACCAGUUUAUAGGUAGACAGUUCACGGAGUUUGAAAUGAAUCGCUCUGGUUAGAAAGAAAAAUCUUCCGUUUUAGUCGAUUUAAAACUGGAGUUCUAAUGUUGUUCAUAAAACUUAACAAAUGCUGUUAAAUAUGCAGACUAUUUUUUUUACCUAUAGCAAUAAACAUAAUAUUAAUACUAAUAAUAAUAAUAGUAAUAAAUAAUAAUAAUAGUAAUAAUAAUAAUAAUAAUAUGACUGAGCCAAACGAGAUUUUUAGUUCUUUUUUUUCUUGAGAAAGAUUUAAUAUUUUCUAUAUAAAUGUUGGUGGAUCUUUUUUAAAAGAAAAAGAAAUGGAAAAAAGUGAAUAUUCAGAAUGACUGUAUAAUAAUAGUUUAAAGUUGUAAAUGUUAUAAUGUGGCGCCCUCUUGUGGAAUAAAAAACGAUUGCCAUCUA